AUGCUGGCGCAACACCAGGUCGUUGACCUUCCGGUACUUGUUGCCACUGUGUAUGGCUUCCCAUCUGGGCCAACAUAUCCAGAUGCCAAACCUCGGACCGAGUCCCUGCUUGCUUGCCUGACCAAGGAGCUUGUUCAUGGUCGCUCUGGCUUCAGGGUAAUUGCGGGUGAUUUCAAUCAGGACGAGAAUGCUUUAGAGCAAAUCCAGGUCUGGAGAAGCCUAGGUUGGGUUGAGAUUCAAACCCUGGCUGCUUCGCGGUGGGGUCAUCUUGAAGUGAACACUUGCAAAAACGCUACCAAGCGUGACAUGAUCUAUGUCUCCCCUGAAGCGGCAGCAUUUGCGUCAGCUGUGCAGAUCACACAGGUCUUCGCAGACCAUGAUACAGUUGUCGCCUCUUUCAGUGUUCCUGACUCGGCAGGCUAUGAGUUGCGCUGGCCACUGCCAGCAGAACUUCCGUGGGAAGACAUUGAUAUCACAGGCUGGCGCCAGGCCCCAUUCCCACCAGUCCAGAAGAGCAAUAAUUCCACGGUGUGGAUGCAAACAUUUGCCCGUACAUAUGAAUCAAGCCUGAAUGGCUUCGUUGAAGGUCGCCCCGGCCGACAGGUGCCCUCAGCAUGCCGCGGACGGUCCAAACGCACUAAGCCUGACUGCCGGACUGCCACUUCUGCGCUGGUUCGAGCAAGUCGUCCGGGGGAAGAGGUGCUGUGUCAUGAUUUCAUCAGCCAAGAGCUCAAGCGAUGGUUCGCGCAACUGCGCAGACUUCAAAGUUUGUGUCACGCAAUACAGGCCAACAGCCAAACUCCAGGGGCACUGGAGUAUAGAGCUUCGUUGUGGAGAGCAAUUUCCUCCGCCAAAGGGUUCCAACACGGCUUCUGCGCCUGGUGGAUGCGCCGGCCGAUUCAGUUGCAAGGUAGCCCUCCGAGCAUUCCCCUAGGUCUCCCGGGGCUAGACACGGCCUCUGCAAUUUUUCAAGACUUUCGGGAAAACUUUCGCCGUUUUGAAUCCUGGAGCAUCGGCAAGCGGGCACAAGUUCUGGACGCGAAGUACCAGCAAUCCCUAGAACUGCUCUACAAGGACCUACAUAAACCCGCUGCCCCUCAGGUCGACACUCUUGUAAUCCAUCGUGAGUACGCCAUUUUGGCGUUUGAGCCAGAAACCAGACAGGUGCAUGUGGAUCCUCCUUUGGACCUUCGUGGUUCCUCUACCUGGCAAGUUGAUGGCCACGUGUUACGGCUUGAACGGGUCACUGAUGAAGUUUGCACCUUGUCUGGUGAAUGUCCACUGCAUGAGGAUUCCGAGCUUUUGCAGGCCCAAACUUUGGCAGAUGUCUCGGAUAUUCAUGAUGAAUUCGUUUCUCUAUGGGCCCCACGAUGGCAGAAACAUGCUAGUUGUAGUGAAGCGGAUUGGCGUCGGGUCCUGGCUUUUGCUGAGGCCUUCCUGCCAAGGUCCCCCUUCAACCUUCCACGCAUUUCAGUAGCACAGUGGCAACGCAGGAUUCGAAAGUUCUCUUCUCGUGCGGCGCGCGGCCCCGACGGCUGGGCGCGAACGGAUCUUUUGAACAUGCCCACUGCGGCAGUUGAGCAGCUUCUAGACAUGUUGCACUUGAUCGAGGCAGGCACGGCGGCAUGGCCGCAACAGAUCCUCGUUGGCUUUGUUCUGUCUUUGGUGAAGCCAAAUGGUUGCACUGAUGCCCAAGGCUACCGUCCAAUAUGUCUGAUCAGCAUGAUUUACCGUGCUUGGGCAGGGUUGCGGGCAAAACAGACUCUUCUGGCGCUGUCCAACCUUGUUGAUCCAGACUCCCUUGGAUUCCUUCCGAAUCGCGAGGCCACGGAGCUGUGGUUCAUUCUGCAGAGCCAGAUUGAGCUCAGCCUUCAAGGUCAAUCUCCUCUAGCAGGAUUUAGUUCGGACAUAGUUAAAGCCUUCAAUAACUUACCUCGUUUUCCACUCCUGCGCAUUGCCUCACGGAUUGGCUUUCCGCCAAACCUGAUCUCACCUUGGCGAGCUUUCCUUUCAGGCUUUUCCCGAAGGUUUAAGGUGAGGGACGCGCUGAGCCCAGGGGUCUCCAGCUCCUCUGGAUUCCCAGAAGGCGACCCACUCAGUCCCAUCGGCAUGCUGCUUGCGAACAUGGUGUUCCAUGCAUAUAUGCAGGCGCUUUGUCCAAGUGUGCGGGCUUUGAGCUACGCUGAUAACUACUCCGGCAUGGCUCCUGAGGCAUUUUCUCUCGCCCGAGGCAUCAACGCCAUGGGCGCAUGCUGCGACAUGUUGGAUUUGCAACUUGACUCCUCCAAGACAUUUGUGUGGUCAACUGAUCCUGAACAGCGUAAGGUUCUCAGGGCCAUGAAACUUAACGUUGUGGAGCACGCCAGGGAGCUUGGCGGAUAUUUGUCAUUUUGUGCCGCCACGCGCAACGCGGCAUUGGUUGCUCGCAUACACGCGUUGCAGCCUCAGUGGCAGGCCUUGGGCCGCGCCAGGUCCCCUUUAGCGUCCAAGCUAGCGAUCCUCCCCAACAAAUUCUGGGCCUUUGCCUUGCAUGGGAUUGCGGGAUGUCCUUUGGCAUCUUCCCAUUUGUCUGGCCUGCGUGCUUCUGCGGUCAAAGCGAUUCGAUCACACUCAGCUGGAUCGAGCGCCCUCCUACGUUUGAGUCUUGUUCCAUCAUGCCUGGCUGACCCAGGUUUCUAUCAGCUCAAGACCACUGUUGUCGAUGUGCGCAGGGUCCUACUCAAACAGCCUGCGUUGUUGUUGGACUGGAAGGUUUUCCAGGAUCGUUACGCUGGAGACGGUUACCAGGGUCCUUUCUCCAAGUUGGUGGUAGUGUUGGGGCAGGUGGGCUGGAGCAUCCUUGAGCCUCCGCUUCUUCAGGACCAUGAAGGCCUGGUUCACCAUUUGUUGUCCAUGCCCCAAGCCCUUUUGAUCAGGCUUUUGGAGCAUGCUUGGCUCCAAUAUGUCGCUUCGCAGCAUGUGCACCGCAAGACCAUGGUGGACUUGGACGGGCUCGAACCUUCCCUGCUUCACAUUGACCACAGCCGCCUCACUCCUCUCGAGUCGUCACGUCUUGCCGCGAUCCAGUCGGGGGCCUUCCUGUUUCCUGCCCAACAUAGGAGGUUUGAUUUGACGGUUUCAGGGUUGUGCAAGGAGUGCCAGGUUCCCGAUGAUGUCCAGCACAGGAUUUGUGAUUGUCCUCUGUAUGCACAGGCCAGGCAGCAUUGUCAAUCAGUUGUGGAACAGUGGGCAAAUUUGCCAGUGUGUCUGACGCAUCACCUCUUGGUUCCGCGCAUGCCGGAGAUGACUGCUUUCCGAGUCGCGCUCGGCAGCAUCGCCGACACCACUGCGGAAUUUUGGUCUUCCAGAACGACGCUGGGCCGGCAGAACAUUUUCACGGAUGGGACAUGCACUCAACCCGCUAUGGCAGAUUGCGCGAUUGCAGCGUGGAGCGUGGUGCAUGCUGGCACGGGUGACGUCAUUGCAUGUGGGCCCUUACACGGGCAGCUCCAGACAACUCCUCGAGCAGAAAUGACUGCCGCUAUUGCCGCACUUCGCUGGAUCAUCAGUCGGCGAGUAACAGCAACACUUUGGAUGGAUGCCUACCACAUCGCUUCCGGCAUCAAUGGUCUCAUUCAAGGUGGGCAUGUUUCGGCGCAAGCAGAAAAUGGUGAUCUGUGGCAAACGUUGUCCGCACUGGUGGAGCAGCUGGAGCCAGCGCAGGCACAGAUCCAACAUGUUCCCUCCCAUCUUGAUCCGCAUCAGUGCACUGAUGAAUUUGAGAUCUGGGUGUCUACGUGGAACCAGCAUGCUGACACCGUGGCGGCCGUUGCAAACGCAAGCAGAUCGUUGGAGUUCCUGCAGCUCCUUGAGGGCAUUGGCGAGAAGUAUGAUCGCCAGGCCAACGUGAUCCGUCAACUUCGUAGUAUGUUCUUUGCUAUCGCAGAUGUACAGCAAACUUUGCGUCCGGAGGUUGAGCCUGUUGCACCAGAUGUCGUCGAGAUAUCUUUGAGUGUCGCGGCUUUGCUUUUGGAGCAGGAUGCCAACCAUGAUCAGGUUUGCCUUGUUUCGACUUUGGAGCUCACGGUUUGGAUUGUCGGGGCUGGUGUUGCCUUUCCGGUCCAAGACCCGGUGAGCGCUGCGGAUCCUAGUUAA